AUGAGGAGAGAGCUCGCAAAGACGAGUCUCCGUGAUAAGGAUGAGUCCUCCGACCCCGACCCCGCCUCCGGCCAACAGCCCGCUCCCGCUCCCACUCCCGGCGCCGAUCCCGAGUCCACGGAGCCCGAAGCUGCUAUCGUUGAGCCCCGUGUGCUCCACGGCUACACCCUCACCAAGGAGAUUUCCUUCCGGGCUGUCUGCGAGGCCAUUCGCGAGAGCGCCUUUGUUGUUAGCGACUUGCCCGUCAUUGUCUCUCUUGAAGUCCACUGCAAACCGGACCAGCAACUUGCCAUGGUCCGCAUUAUGAAGGAAGUCUGGGGCGAUCUUCUCGUUCCCGAGCCCGAGAACGAACCUGAUGCUCUACCCAGCCCAGAUGAGUUGCGUCGAAAGCUCAUCGUCAAGGUUAAGUAUGCACCACCCGGUGCAGAUGCCACUCAAGAGGAGAGUGAGGAGGAAGACAGAGCGCCAGCCCCUGGUGCUCAGGCUGGCGAUGCUCCGCCAAAGAAGCCGGCAAAGAUUAUACAAGAGCUGAGUCGUAUGGGUUUCCAUGCCCGAGGUGUGUCUUUCAAGAGCUUGACACAGCCAGAAGCUGGCAUGCCCACACACAUAUUUUCCCUGUCAGAGAAGAAGGUCAUCGAUGUGCACGAGAAGCAAGCAUCGGAUCUGUUCAACCACAACCGACACUUCCUCAUGAGAACUUAUCCUUGGGGUCUGCGAAUAGGAUCGUCCAAUCUCGACCCUUCUGUUUUCUGGCGCAAGGGUAUUCAGAUCGUUGCGCUCAAUUGGCAGAGGUGGGAUGAGGGCAUGAUGCUCAACGAAGGCAUGUUUGCUGGAACAGGAGGAUAUGUCCUCAAACCUCAAGGCUACCGUCCAAACCGCAACGACGAAGAAACCGAAAACACCAUCACCCGGAAAUCGCUCCAUCUCACAAUCACAGUCCUCGCCGCUCAAAACAUCCCACUCCCACCAGGCGACACCUCUACCAGAGGGUUUGAGCCCUAUGUCAAAGUCGAGCUUCACGUCGAAGGACCUGAUGAAUUCCACGGCGGCCCUGUCCCUAACGAAGGACACGAGCGCGAGGGUGAAUACAAGGCCCGCACAAAGACACACCGUGGCAACAUGAUUGACUUUGCUGGUGAACGUCUCGAAUUCCCCCCUGUGCCUCAUGUCGUCGACGAACUCUCAUGGGUGCGAUUUACAGUGCGUGAUGAUGAGAUUGGAAGGGAUGACUUGGCGGCUUGGGCUUGUAUGAGACUUGAUAGGCUGGGUAGUGGGUAUCGGUUUGUGCAUCUCAUGGAUUGUGAGGGUCGCAUCACGGAUGGUGCGAUCCUUAUCAAGGUUGAUAAGAAGUUGGUUUAG